AUGCCCUCCCGUCGCCUGUCCGCUCUCCCUCCCGUCGCCUGUCUGCUCUCCCUCCCGUCGCCUGUCCGCUCUCCCUCCCGUCGCCUGUCCGCUCUCCCUCCCGUCGCCUGUCCGCUCUCCCUCCCGUCGCCUGUCCGCUCUCCCUCCCGUCGCCUUCGCGCUCUCCCUCCCGUAGCCUUCGCACUCUCCCUCCCGUCGCCUGUUCGCCCUCAUAUUGAAUCGCCCUUCCGUCGCCCUUCCUCCCCCUCUUCGUCGCCGUCUCGCGCGCCUCAAAUCGCCCACCCGUCGCCCCUACCGUCGCAAUCGCCCUCGCGAUCUCCUCUCACAUCCCGUCGCCAUUCCUCUCCCACAGCCCUUCCUCUCUCGUUGCCCUUCCUCUCUCUCGCCGCCCUUCCUGUCUCCCGUCGCCCUUCCUCUCCCGUCGCCCUUCUUCUCUCUCCUCCCGCCGCCCUCGCGUCUCAUCGCGAUCGCGUUCCCAACGCACUCCCGUCACCCUCCGUCCCGCCUUUCGUAAAUUAUUACCUCCCCUCGCGUCGUUCCUCUUCUCUUCCCUCCCCUUCCGUCGAUCCCUCGAUCCCGUGCCCUCGCUCUCUCCCCUCCCGUUCGGUCGCCCUCGUUCUCUUCCCUCCUUUUCCGUCGCCCUCGCUCUCUCCCCUCCCUUUCCGUCUGAAGUCAAGAUGGGAAAAGCACGGUUAA